AUGGCAUCAGUCUCCUCUGAUGGUGAUGAUGCGUCGUUGAUGAGGAUUAUGAUCAUCACGGACAACCAUGUGGGCCAUAAGCAGGACGACCCUGUACGGAGCCUUGAUUCUGUAUGUGCAUUUGAGGAAGCAAUGCAAAGAGCUAAGUUGGCACAAGUCGACCUAGUUGUUCAUGGUGGUGACCUGUUUGAUAUCGCGAGGCCAGAUCGUCUGACCAUGAAACAAGUGAAUGAGAUUUUACGGCAAACAGUGAUGGGAGAUCAGCCCAUCAAGAUCGAAGUUCUGCCGACACAAGACGAGAACGGCAUUGUUCGGGACGAGCCGCCGAAUUAUGAGGAUCCUAACUACAACGUCGGGCUUCCAGUAUUCAUGAUACAUGGUAAUCAUGAUGAACCGGGCGGGCUCGGCAAUAUGUCGGUAAUCGACUUACUUCACACGAAUCGAUUGGUCAACUACUUCGGUCAGCAGAUGGACUUGGACCGGAUCGUUAUCCGUCCGAUUCUCAUCCAGAAGGGCGAGACGAAACUAGCGUUGUAUGGCCUUGGGAACAUGCGGGAUGAAAGACUCAACAGAGCGAUUGACGCUGGCAAGGUCAGAUUCGAAAUCCCUCCGGGCCGUGGCGGUUCGGAAUCGGAAAGUGAAUACUUUUCCGUUAUGUUGGUCCAUCAGAAUCGGUAUAAGGGGGUAGCGGGCGGCGUGCCGGGGAGCAGCUCUCUGCAGAAUUCACAGUUACCAGGUUUCUUGGACUUGGUUGUUUGGGGUCACGAACAUGAGUCUAUUAUCGACCCAGUGGAGACAGCCCAAGGCUUCUCUGUGCUGCAGCCGGGAUCGUCAGUGCAGACUUCCCUCUCUGCUGGUGAGAGCCUCCCUAAGCAUAUCUUCUUGUUGGAGCUCCUCAAAGGUCGAGGAUGGCGAACGACCCCUAUACCCUUAACGAGCCCCCGGCCACUGCUAGUGCAGGAUGUGUCCAUGAAGGAACUCAUCGCUCAGAGGGAGAGCCGACUGGACGGCAGCGGGGAGAAAAUGGAAGAACUGGCGUGGAAUUCCCUCAGCGACGUUGUGAGAAGGAUGGUCGACCAUGGCAAAGAGCUCGGCAAGGCACAAGUAUUGGCGUAUAAGAAGUGGCUAGAAGACACCAGGCUGACCCCUUUGUAUAAACGCGACUCGGCCCGUGCGAUUCGACCGUUGAUACGAGUGCGAGUCGAUGUCACAGUAGAGGAAGAUGAUGGUGAUGAUGGGGGAAUCCCCGGCCUGCCUGUUGGCAGUAGCUAUCCCGUUAUACCGAAUCAGAAAUUUGGUCAGCAGUUCCUCGAGGAGGUUGCUAAUCCGGCUGAUAUAUUGUUGUUUCACAAGAAGAAAAAACGACCAGCGAAGCAGAAGAAAAAUGAACUCCAACUGAACCUGGAAGAUCAUGUGCCCGCUGGAGCAUCGAGUGAUGAUACUACGGCCGACAGGGAUAUGAUGCAGGAUAUCAUCUUUCACUACGUCAAUGGUGCUGAUUGCCUCGACCUCAUCCCGGAGACCAGGCUUAACGAGGUUGUUCAGGAGUACGUGCAUAAGAACGAGACCGCUGCGAUCACACAGUUCGUGUCGGAGGUGGUGAAGCAGACCAGCGAGUCCAUCGAAGCUGAUCGAGAUCAUGUGCCAGCUCAAGAAGGGGUCAUUCGGGAGGCUGCUAGAACUAGAGCUGAGAUGGUGAGGCGCACGAACGUGGAAGGAUCGCAAGUAGCGAAGUUAUGA